AUGGAACCCUCGAAAAGUGCAGUCAAUAAAGUAGCUGGUCUCUUUGUCUCGCUUUUUGGCAAGACUAGUGCCAAUGAGCUACCAGAGAAAUGGUCUACUACUUACAAGAGCAUUUUGAAGCUGUCUAAGUACAUAGAAAAGAAUGAGAAUUCUCCUGGAACUCGUGUUUAUAACACUCGAAUUUAUGAUCUUGUCAUAGACGGCAAAGGGACACAGCAGAGCAGUGAGGUCAACUUACCUCCAUUCCUGCAAAGUGCGUUCGAUAUAGUGAAAUCAUUCAAUGGAGCAAAAAAUGCGCGUGUUCUAAGUCCUCGAUUCGCACCUCUUCUUCCGGACAGAACUAGCACCAAAGGCUUUCUGUCACCUUCGAUAUUUCCGUUCUACAAGGAUGACACGGAACAGCAGAUCUUGCCAGUCCCGAAGAUGUUGGAGUCAGCUGGUAUGAACGGCAAAGACCGCGAACGUUUACUAGAAAUGAUAAUGGAGGUGUCAGGAGCGCGUGACACCGUGGAUAAAGCGAUGAAGGCAAGCUAA